ACGUCCGCUAGAGGGCGUCACCCUCAAAGAUACAUUAUUUAGAAAAUAUAACUGUUGGUGCCUCUCUCUUUUAAAAUACUGCUAUUGUAUACACUAAUUUGUUGGAGAAUACUUUCAAACGUUCAACGAUAUAAUUCGAAUGUUAAUUAUAAGAUAUCAUUUAUUGGCUAGUUGUUUGCAGAUUAUUGACAACCUUCCCUGUCAGCUGUCUUGUUUGGACCAAUGCAACGCCGUCCGCCAUGUUUAUUUUCGUUAUAACGCCUCCUAUUGGUUAAAUUGAACCCUGACGCAUAAACAACCGUAAUCCAACCGUUUUAUUUUAUUGCCAGAAGAAAAGAAGCAGCAAGUUUGUAGUGAAAGUGAUUGACGACUUCUUAACGCGAGAAGAGUUGCACAAAACGCGAAUAUUGGUAUCUAAACGUCGCGAGGCCCCCCUCAGCCAUGUCUUUCGUGCGGAAUUUGAAGGAAGAACUAGCCGAACCGGAGGAUUUCGACUCGUCCUCAGGUUGCGACAUGUCUUUCGAGCUAUCGAACGACGAGCAUUUGAUUUGCAGCCCGAAACCGAUCCGUGGGGCGCGGAAACUCGAGUUCGCAGCGUGUAACAACAAUAACAACGAUACGCCGUUGCCUAAAAAUCCAUCGUUGAGUCCCCCGUAUAAGAGGAUCAGAGCGCUGAGGCUGUUCGACAGCCCGUUGACUCCUAGGACUAUCAUACAGAAGUCCUCGACGAACACCCCGCUGCCUAGGAGCAGGCUCUUCGGGGACAAACCCAGAGCAGUGGCCAGUGCGUAUCACAAGAGGGAGGAUAAACCCUCGGCAAAUGUCAACCCCUUCACGCCAGAUGGCAUGUUAUUAUCUAAAAAACGAAGAAGAUCAGUAAGGUCUUUGAUUGAUUCUCCAGAAUUAAAAGCAACCACUUGCAGUUUAAAUGAUAGUGACUCAUCAGAUGUAGAACUGGAACAGCCAACAAAAAGGGUAGCACUUAGGGAAAGUAACAUUUCUAGAUAUCAUCAAGAAUUUUUGGAAUUAGAGUUGAUUGGUAAAGGCCAAUUUGGUUCAGUAUAUAAGUGUGUUAAUAGAUUAGAUGGUUGUGUGUAUGCUGUGAAAAAAUCAACAAAGCCAGUAGCUGGGAGUGCCUUUGAGAAGACGGCUUUAAAUGAAGUAUAUGCACAUGCAGUUUUAGGCAAACACCAACACGUAGUCAGAUACUAUUCAGCGUGGGCAGAGGAUAACCACAUGAUCAUCCAGAACGAAUACUGCAACUGCGGAUCGCUGGCGGACAAAAUCGCGAAGGAGCCUCUGACCCAACAGGAACUGCGCACGAUGCUGCUCCACGUGGCCGAAGGCUUGCGCUACAUCCAUUCCGAAGGUCUCGUGCACAUGGACAUCAAACCCGCGAACAUAUUCAUUUCGAGAGAGAAAAAGGUCCAUUUGAAUUACGACUCGCACGAUGACGGCUUCGAGGAGUUGGACGAGAGCUCGAUGAUGGAGGAGGAGCUGACGUACAAGAUCGGAGAUUUGGGACACGUUACCAGCAUACAGAAUCCGCAAGUGGAAGAAGGCGAUUGCCGUUACCUGCCUGCCGAGAUCCUCCAGGAUGACUACACGCAGCUGCCAAAGGCGGACGUAUUCGCAUUGGGCGUGACCGUGAUCGAAUGCCUCGGGGGCGGGCCGCUGCCGAAAAACGGAGAGGCGUGGCACGCGCUCAGGCGAGGCGAAGUGCCGCCCCUCAAGCAGAAAGUCAACAGGGAUAUGGUCGAGUUGGUCAAGCAGAUGAUACAUCCGGAACGCGCCAAGAGACCGUCUCCGGCGCAGAUAUUGCAGAACAGAGCCCUAUCGCCGGACAUCGGCAAAUCCAAAGCCGAACUGACCCGAGAGCUGAACGCCGAAAAGAUGCGCAACGAAAUGUUGCUGAAGCAAUUGCAGGAAGCCGCGAUUUGCAUCAAAACGAUCGCCAGUGAAAGCGUGGCGAAAGCGGCGCCGUCAGUGGUGACCAAAAUCAACUCGAGAUUGAUCGGCAGGAAGGUGAAUCGUAGCGUCAGCACCACAACUUUUUGAACAGUACAUUGAUUUUCGUUUAAUGGUGGCUAAAUAUUUUUUUAAUCCGAUAAUUUUAGAAUCUUGCUUGGACAGUUUUAUGGCGCUGUUUUAUACAAAGUGUUCCACAACGAUGUGGAAUACGUUGAAAAACAAGCGCUUAAAAACGGUUUCUACCAUUUGUCUUUGCUCGCCAAUGAAUCAACAAACGUUUUAAUUUUGUCUGUAUAUCAUGAGCGUUUCGUUAAAAUGAAUUUAUUUUAAGUAAAACCAAUAGAACAUGUUCUCUUUACUUAGGUCUCGAUUAUGGAUUAUUUUCAGUAAUAUUUAUAUCAGUGUACUACGAAUGGUUGUGUCGAUAGCAUUUUACAAGAAUCGCUAUCCUGCAAAGGUGCGUCGGAUGAUUUUUCCCAGGAAAAAGAAACUACGUUUAAACUUACAAUGCAUUCGUGAUCGGCUUAUUACGAAACUCAAAACUAGAAAAGUAGGAGCGAAAACAUUUUCGGUUGCCGAGGGAUUUUACUCGAAAGUAGAAGUACAGUUUUUAUCAUGGGAUUGCAGUUUGUACAUCAAUUUUUCGUUUGUAAUUGCUUUGAAUACAAUCAGCUGGGAUUUUAAAAAACGUCUUGAGACUGAAAGUAUCCGGAGAUUUGUCAACGUUUUUUUAAAAAAUUAUGAAUCCCAAGAAUUGAUACCAGCCUUCAAGAAUACAAAAAAUUGUAGGUGAUAAAAUGUACAAUGCAUACUUCUGGAAGGUGAAUGAAACUUUCAUUUUUGAAAUAUUGGAGUUCGAUAGAAGUCAACUAGGUAUUAUCUCUUAUCUAUAAGUAUUUAUAGAUAUUGAUAGAUAUAAUCAAGGGUCACAUGAAAAAACUUUAGGCUGUUUCCUAAUUGAAUUUCAAUAUUUAAGAUGACGAUUUUUGCGGCCGUUCAAAGUAGAAAAUUUCAUACUAGCGUAUGUCCUAAAUUUUUUGGGAAAUUUUAAAAAUAAAGGGCUUAUUAUUAAUACGAGGGGCACGCUGUAUAUUUUGAGAUGCGCAUUAACUGGUGUAAACCAAUUUAAGACAGAUCAUGGAGUUAUCGCGCUGUGAACACCUUCUGAAGAUGCCGACCACUCGUAUUGGCGAAACGUCAAAUAAAAGUAUUUUAGGAUCACCUAACUACACAAAAGCCGACUAAAUAGCAUCAAAAUGAUUUGCUUUUGUAAAAUUUACCAUCCCAAAAGUUAAGACCUUUAGGACAUAAGUUUAUACGAAGUUUUCUUCUUAAAAUGAACCCAAAAAUCGACCCCUUAAAUACUGAUAUUUAAUUAUUAGCUAACACCCUGUUUAGACAUUCUUUACAUUCAAAAGUACUACAAAAUCUAUCUACGGCUCAUUUUGGUUUACUUAAUAUCAACUGGUCAUUUUUAUACUCGUUUCAGUUGGCCCUUUACUAAUUUUUGUAAAAUCGACACACUUUCCAAACGAAAUGAUUUUUUUUAAAAUACACGAUUUGACACUGUCUGAUCCUUUUUAGGCGUAACAGCUGUACCUCGAAUGGUGUUAAGAAAUAAAGUCAUUAUAUUUUCUCGGAUUUUAUUUCUUAUGUUUUAUUAAUUGUAAGCUUUAAUAUUUUGCAAUAUUGUGACCAGAUCAGUUCUUUAGUUAGUGGCUGAUGUGAGAACCGUCCGCGAGUAUUCUAAAGAAAAAUACAAAUCUUAAACGGUUUUGAAUUGCUAAAAAACAGGUUUGAUUAAACUUGAAGAUCAUUUUAAUUAUAAGCUCAUAUCACCGCACCACAAGCUUAGGUUAAGAUGAAAUAGGCUCUUUUUUACGAGAAAAUUAUUUUGUCAUUGAUUUUGUUUCGCUACGCGAUUUUAUAGACACUUUAAUAAAAAUUAUAAAAAAAAUAAUAAUUUGCCAGAAGAAACUUUUCCGCAUAUUCCUUGUGUGGCCCAGGAAUAUGCAAUUAAGUCGCAAAAACUAAGAAACAUACAAAAAAUCAAAAAACAAAAAAGUUGUAUUUCUAUUCGCUUAAUAAAAGGAAUAUAAUAAAAAUUGGACAAAAGUCAGUCGGGCAUAUACCUUUUUGUAACAAGUAUUCAAUAAUUUUAAUUGAAGUUAGGGCUAAAUUAGCUCUUUAAUAUCAUAAAUACUACUGCUAAAUUAUAACAAAAUUUGGUAAAGGUUAUUUAAGAUAUUUAUGAAAAACCUUUUUUUUUUAAUUUUAAUACUCUGUAUCAUGAGAACGAAUAAUUUGCAGAUCUAUGUUCGUAUGUACUUUUUGUCUCAAGAUUACUCGUCUGUUAAAUUUACUGUGACACCCUGUAUAAAAAAAGAAGUCUCAAAGAAAAUAGUAUAAUACAUUCUUGAAAAGAUUUUUGCAUUUUCUCAAUCCUUUUUACUUCCUAAUUUCGAAUUUGACUUUUCUGAGAAUCCUGACCAUUUAAAAAAAAUGCGAUGUUGUCAAAUGUAUCUAUGAGCCUGUUUGACUGACACGAUCCAUUGAAUUCCUUUGCUAUACACGUUUUUCUAGCAUUUUUAAAGCAAUGUCUACAUUUUCAUCUGCAAAUAUCUGAAUUUUACAAUCUAAAAUAUUACAGUUCUCAUUAAUGUAUAAAAUAAAUAGUAGUGGACCUAGUUCACUACCUUGUGGUACACCAACAGAAAUACUUUUUUUAGCUUGAUAACAUAGAUCCAAUUUUGUUUUUUUGACUUCUUUCAAUGGAAUAGUUUUGUACAAUUUUGAAUACAGAUCCUUUAAAGCAAUAGUGAUGCAACAUUGCAAGUAAUUUAUCUCUGUCAGUAGUUUCAAACGCAUUUUGUACAAUAUUUUUCAUUCAUUAAGCACCAUUUUAGAUAAAAUCUCACCCCUAUUUUGAUUUGAUUUCAAUUUUCUUAUAAUCCUCUUGAGACGAUUAAAUAAAUAAAUAAAAUCCUUUAAUCCAGCGUUCGAACCUUGUUCGUGCUUUUUUUCUGUCAGGCUAGUGAUAAAAUGAGUUGCGGUGAUAUGAAAAUACGUAUACGAAACGAACGAUUGCCGCUACAAGAAUAUUUUUAAUGUAUCGAUUGUGAAACCAGGAAUAAUCUGUACUUCGUUGGUAGGUCGCGAUGAAUUUACUUGUUAGAAUAUUAUUAUUUCCAUUUUGUAUAAUUUGGGAAAUCUGUACAUUUUUUUAAUAUCAAUGGCUGUUCAUUUCAAAAGUGAUUAGAGUUAUUGUUAGAUUUCACGUUUAGUUCAUAUGCACCCCAAUGGCCUUUCCAUGGUCUAUCACAUUUUUACAUGUGUACUUUGAACUAUUGUAUUUUAUAUUGUUAUUGAAUGUAUGUGAUACUUCAUAUUUUUAGCGGCUAGAUGUUUAGAUGCUACGGUUUUUUAUUCUUUUUUUCUCUAAGUAUUUUCUACGAGGUGACAACAUUUUUUUUUCUUCUACUUAUUUAUAAACAUUCCUCCUUAGCUAGUGCCUUAUAC